GAGGAGGGGGAGGAGGAGCGCGGGGCGAGCGGCGCCCAGUGAGAGAUGCUGUGAUCACCGCCCGAGCCCGAGCGGAACAGCCCGGCGACGCCCCUCCCGGCUCCGGCAGCGCCACAAGAGAGGCCGAGGCCGAGGCCCAGGCCCAGGCCCGAGGCCGCCAUGCAGCCGCUGCAGAGCCAGGCCUGGGGCCGCCUGAGCCGCAUCGACCCAGACAAUGACAGCCACAUCCUGCUGGUGAACAGCGAGUGGACCAUCGGCAGGAGGAAGGGCUGUGAUUUAUCAUUUCCUGGCAAUAAACUUGUUUCUGGAGACCAUUGUAAAAUAAUCCGAGAGCAUACUGGGCGGGUGUGGUUGGAAGAUACAAGUACCAAUGGAACCGUCAUCAACAAAUCCAAAGUAGUGAAGAAACAGACCUAUCCUUUGCAGAAUGGAGAUGCAAUAUACGUCGUCUACAGGAAAAAUGAGCCAGAUCAGAAUGUUGCUUAUUUGUACAAAGCACUGAAUUGUGAAGAAGAGAGCCAGGAUGAUCCUAUGGGAUCAUCUUGCACUCUGGGUGAGCAGAUUAUCAAUGAAACCUCAAGCUUGGACAGCAGCUCCAACCAAACCACAGACGCCAGCCCACUUUGUUCAAAGCAAGUUGAGCCCCCUUCCCGAGAGGAUCCACAGCCAUGCACGUCAAAUUACAAUCCCUUCUGUACCUCUGCGAUGGAUUCUGACUCGAUUCAACCUGCUGCUUCUGCUCUGCGGCCAUGCACUUCCUCAGCAGGACCCGUCUCCAUCGCCGCUGGGCCUUCUGCAUUCGCCCACGGAACUAGCUGCUCGGCAACAUUUUGGACUUCGUGUCCACGGCCUCCCAGUCCUCCUACAGCACCCUCACGGACUUGGGCGAACACAGAACGCACACCAGGACCCGAAGCCCAGGAGACAUCGGUUUCUGGUGUUCUGGUCAAAGAGGAGGAUCUAGAACCAGCCAAAAAAAAGCAGAAAAGGGAGAAUGAUGGAACUUCAGAAGCAUUGCAACGCACUGAAGAUCAGAGCUCAAAUGUCAGGCAUGAGGAUCAAGGGACGUUGGAAGGGAAGCAGCCUGAUAAAAUGGAGGAAACGCUCACCUGUAUCAUCUGUCAGGAUUUGUUGCAUGAUUGUGUCAGCCUUCAGCCAUGUAUGCACUCUUUCUGCGCGGCCUGUUAUUCAGGGUGGAUGGAGCGAUCUUCACUCUGCCCGACUUGUCGUUGUCCUGUUGAACGCAUUAGCAAGAAUCACAUGGUGAAUAAUUUAGUGGAAGCUUAUCUCCUGCAGCACCCAGAGAAGUGUCGGAGUGGAGAAGAACUCCAAAGCAUGGAUGCCAGGAAUAAAAUAACACACGACAUGUUGCAGCCAAAGAUUAAACGGUCAUUCUCCGAUGAAGAGGUCAGUUCUGAGGACUUCCUGGAACUGUCGGAUGUGGACAGUGAGUCUUCCGAUAUCAGUCAGCCGUAUAUUGUAUGCCGCCAGUGUCCUGGAUACAGGGCUGAGAACAAUCAGACUACUUUCUUGCAAGGUCAACACAGUGGAACCUGCGAACUGCCAGCUUUCAGACCAACUGGUGAUGCCCCCUCAACGUCUACCAGCUCUCCUGUCACUGUCCAAGAGUACACCUGCCCUGGUCGGGGCCCUCAUAUCAUUUGCACUUGCUGUUUCCAACCGAUGCCUGACCGGAGGGCAGAACGUGAACCGAAUGCAACCAUUACACCUCAACAAUGCACAAUUUGUUUGCGGCCUUUCUGCCACAUGUACUGGGGUUGUUCGCGAGUCGGAUGCUCGGGAUGCCUGGCAAGAUUUUGUGAUGUAAAUUUUGGAGAAAAGUGUUUGGAUGGAAUAUUUAACAACAACACAUUUGAAUCUGAUAUCCUGAAGAAUUACCUUGCAUCCAGAGGCCUUACUUGGAAGGAGAUGCUGCAGGAAAGUCUUCUAGCUCUUCAGAGAGGAACAUUUGUUCUGACAGAUUAUAAUGUUUCAACAAACACUGUCCUCUGUUACUGCUGUGGGUUACAUAACUUCCGUGAGCUGACAUAUCAAUACAGGCAGAACAUUCCUAAGGAGGAACUUCCAGGAUCUGUAACUGCACGCCCAGAUUGUUACUGGGGUCGAAACUGUCGAACACAGGUUAAAGCACAUCAUGCAAUGAAAUUUAACCACAUCUGUGAGCAAACCCGUUUCAAGCAUUGAAGGUGUUCACCGUCAAAGCCAUGACCCUCUUGGAGAGGAAGAUUAAAUGGACCUGAACUUUAAUAAUAGUCGCUAGAAAUCCUUUUUUUACAAACAUUUGAGUCCUCUGAGUCAUUGUAAAAUUUAUAGCUAAAGGAGGGAAGUCAACCAGCCAACCAGCGGAGGAGGCUCAUGUUUCUGCCGUGUGGUAGGAACCCAGUGCUUAAACAUUUUUUAAAGUUCUAUAUUAAAAGUUCACGGCACACAA